AUGGGAAACUUGGCCCUCGUUUACCACAUGUUCCUGGUGGGUUUAGAGCUCGAUUUAAAACCAAUAUUUCGAGCUGGGAAGAAGGCUAUUAGCAUUGCGCUCGCCGGCAUUAUCUUUUCCGUCCUUGUUGGCUGGGCCUUAUGUCGAUAUGUACUCCUCAAAGAUUUUGCCGAGCAAACUAAAGGCAAUGGAGGAAAACUUCCGACUAAGGAUGGCCCGUGGUUUUGGGGCGUUGCUCUUGCCACCACUAACUUCCCAGACCUUGCCCAAAUCCUCGCAGACCUCAAACUUCUCUACUCUGAUGUCGGAGGACUUGCGUUAUCUGCCUCUGUUAUCUCCGACUUAUGCUCCUGGUUUCUUCUUCUGCUCGUAAUGGCCAUAGUCAACAGCUUCCAGACAGUUGCGGUGGGACUCACCUUGCUUUUUAUAGGACUAUGCGUUUUUGUAGUACAUCCUCUUCUGUCAUGGAUUGUUAACCGAAUUCGCGAAAGAACACCAGAGGAUGGCGACUACAGUCAAUUUGAAUGCUUUGUUCUAGCGGGGGUUGUGUUUUGUGGGUACAUUACCGAUGCAUGUGGAUCCCAUUCCAUCGUAGGGUCUUUUAUGUUUGGAGCUAUCAUGCCUAGAGGAGAGGUUUCAAACAAUCUUAAAAAGAAGGUGGGAAGUUUUGUGCCUGGGAUUCUAAUGCCUCUCUACUUCUGUAUCAAUGGGGGAAGACUCAACUACGUGGAUAUUCUCAGUUCCAUUUAUCCAUCGGAGAAAAAAACUGGGACGGAUAUAUAUCGCGUAGUGGGGGUUGUCAUCUUAGCUUUUGCAGCUAAGACUGUCAGCACUUUGGUUGCCGGCUUAAUCAACAAAAUGUCAUUUCGGGAUAGUUUGGCUCUUGGAGUGCUCAUGAACACCAAAGGCUUAUUUACACUUAUCAUACUCAACACUGGUCGGGACGUAAAGGCGUUGAACAAACAAACCUUUGGAGUAAUGGUGUGGGCAAUUUUGGUAAUGACAUUUACAGUUGGCCCGCUUUUAGUCUUUCUAUACAAGUCCAAUGCUAGGCCUUUCGUGCAAUACAAACAGAGAAACGUAGCAAGCGUAGGAUCUAACGACGAGCUUCGAAUCCUUGCAUGUGCUCACAACUCAAGCAAUGUGUCAGGCAUUAUCAAUCUCCUUGAGGCUUCUAAUCCAACCAAAAACUCCCCUCUUCAUGUUCUUGCUGCCCACCUUGUCGAACUAACCGGGCAUGCUUCGGCGAUGUUGGUAGUGCACGGUGCUUGUAAGACCAAUGAUGUACACUUUCCCUACAACUCGUCGUCCCCUUCAAAUGCCUUUGAAACAUAUGCCAAACAUAGAGAAAAUGUCAUGGUGCAAACACUAACGGCAGUGUCUCAAUACUCCACGAUGCACCGGGACAUAUGCAACCUGGCCGAGGAGAACCGUGUUGCCAUAAUCAUCAUCCCGUUCCACAAGAAAUCCACCAUAUUGGUUGGAGGAGUGGCACCAGAUCCAAACAACUCACAUCUAAGGAGGCUCAACAACAACUUGAUCGCAAAUGCGCAGUGCUCUGUGGGUGUUCUUGUGGAUCGAGGCCUCGGUGCAUUCAACUACUCUUACCCUCAAUGCCGCUAUUCCAUGCUCUUCUUUGGAGGGGUAGAUGACCGCGAGGCAUUAGCGUAUGUUGGUCGGAUGGCUGGACAUCCCAAGGUUAACCUAACAGUCAUAUCGUUUAACAUUAUGAGUGAAAAUGAAGCAAAAGCGUGCUCUGAUGAUAAUGAUGAUGGUACUGAUGGGUUUCUGAAGGCACUGGCAAAUAUUGGGAGGGAAAAAAAACUGGACGAGUUGUUCUUGGAUGAGUUUAGGCUGAGGUCAAUGAAUGAUGCCUCCAUAAAAUUUGUAGAGAAUUGGGUGACGAGUUGGGAACAAAUUCUCUCGCUAAUACAAUCCACGGAAGGUGAAUAUGAUAUGUUCAUAGUGGGUAGAAGACAUGGAGAAAUGCAAGAGGCCAUCAGCACAACGUUACUGGAUGACGAUGACUCUAAUGACAUUGGAGUUCUUGGAGAUGCAUUGGUAUCUUCAACCUUCACAACUAGUACAUCCAUUCUAAUUGUGCAAGAAGGUAGCCAUUUGGAUUAUAAAUGA